AGCAACAUUUAUUUACUUUUGGAAAUCGUAUUUAAGGUAUUCUAAGCAGAGCCGUUAAUUUUUCAUCAAGUAUUUUGGCUCUGGUCUGGAUAUAUCAAUAGCUGAUAGAAAUGGUUGGUGCUUUGCUCUUGAUUGUUGUAGGUUUUAUGACAAUACAAGGAUGCUUAAGUGAUGAAACACCUAAGACUUUCUUCCAGAAGUUCUGUGAUGACGCUGAAAAUUGUGCAGAUUAUGAAUUGGGUGAAAGAUUAAGGGAAAUCAAGUUUCUGCCAACAACGGAACAGGAACUCGAUGCAUACUGUCCAUCUGUUACUAAAAUGAUGUGGUGCAUAGUGCAGGAGUGUGCUGGAAAAAAUAUCUUCUGUUCCAAUACCCCAAGUAACAUGAGUGACAAUUCCAUUACUUCAGCACUAAAUGUAGGCGGUAUUUUACUUGAGAUAUGUACCUAUGGGUCUCAGUUGCGCCAAAAGUACCUUUCCGAUAUUUCCUGCAUAAAGAAGGUCAUGCUUACAGAUGAUAAAACCAGUUAUAAGUGCCUAGUGGAGGGUUAUCAAGUUAUAAUAGCUUCGAAACUUUCAGUGGACGGAGUUUCUGAGGAAGAUAGGAAGAAAGAUACCUACUGCUUGUCAGUAUUGAAUACAUUUACGUGUUUAAUUGCUCAGACGGAGCGAACUUGCGGAAGAGAGGCCAGUAAUACAGUCCAGGAGUUCUUCGCCAAAAUCAAUCUAUUGAAAUGGUUGAACUGCAAUGAAGAUCACAUGUAUGAAUUGAAAACAAAAUUAUUAAGAUCUCGUAUAUUGGGUAAGGAGAGAGAAGAAAUAUUUUCCAUAUUUUAUUGAAUGAUUAAAUAAAAAACAGUGAAAAUGAAAAAAAUUUCAAUAAACUCAUUGAAGUUUAAUAAAAGAAUUUCAAAAAGUG